UUUGUAUUUUGACAUUUGUAUUUUGUGAUUGUUGUCUGCUGGCUGUCUAGUCCUAGUGUCUGCGGAAGCUUUUCGUAUUAGUUUUCGCGAUUUUUAUUUGAACUUUUAUUUACAACGAUGGCGGUUUUAGUUUUCAAACUUUCUCUUCUUUUGUGCUUAAUUAUUAAUGCUCAUGGUCAAAGAACACCAACAAUAUCACACAUCACCCAAGAACAGAUCAGGGAUAUUGGAGGACAAGUGGAUUUAGACUGUUCUGUACAUUAUGCUAAAGAUUAUCCAGUGUUGUGGGUGAAAUACGACAGACUGAAAACAACAGAAUCACUACCGCUGUCGACAAACUCUGGCCUGAUCAUCCGGGACUCGAGGUUCUCCUUACGAUACGAUGAUGCGUCGGCCACAUAUACAUUGUCUAUCAAGGAUAUCCAGGAGACAGAUGCGGGCUGGUACCAGUGCCAGGUCAUCAUUUCCAUCAGCAGCAAGAUCACAGCAGAGGUGGAACUGCAAGUUAGACGGCCUCCCAUCAUAUCUGACAACUCCACAAGGUCUAUCGUCACGAGCGAGGGAGAAGCGACACAGAUGGAAUGCUAUGCUGGUGGGUUUCCGGUACCGAAGAUAUCCUGGCGAAGAGAAAACAACGCGAUCCUACCGACUGGUGGCUCUAUCUAUCGUGGCAACAUUUUGAGGAUUCCGAAUGUACGCAAGGAAGACCGCGGGACUUAUUACUGCGUGGCAGAGAACGGGGUGGGAAAAGGCGCUCGCAGGAACAUCAACCUCGAGGUGGAGUUCGCACCGGUGGUCACUGUGCCGAGACCAAGACUUGGACAGGCGCUACAAUACGACAUGGAUCUGGAGUGCCACGUGGAAGCGUAUCCUCCACCAGCCAUAACCUGGCUGAAGGAUGAAGUGCAGCUGUCCAACAACCAGCACUACAGGAUAUCUCACUUCGCGACCGCUGAUGAGUUCACAGACACCACGUUGAGGGUAAUUACCAUCGAGAAACGACAGUACGGGAUAUUCACAUGCAAGGCGCAGAACAAGCUUGGACGCGACGAAGGAAAGGUCGAACUGUUCGAGACAAUAAUCCCGGUUUGCCCGCCGGCCUGUGGCCAGACCCGUGUGUCUAGCGGGGCGGCGGUUAUUACCCUGAGUGACGUCACGAUGCUAGUAUUGUUCGUAACUACAUUCGUCUACGCUUUUAGAGUCCCCGGUGCCAGACAUUAAUUACCCGGGGUUAAGGUUGGACCCAUUGGUAUACCCUAACAAGGUGACCCAUGACCUAAAACCCAGACUGACAAUGCUUAUACAACUGGUUUUAAUUGUAAUUGCUUUUGGAGUUAUAUAAUUUUUUAAUGAAUCAAGUGACUGACACACGGGCGAGCAUGUUCGCGAACUUUAGCUCGACGAGCUUAGUACAUGUUAGUUUGCGUAUACUGAAAUAACAGCCAAGUGCCUAUAUAAAUUUAUGAUGAAAUGCGCUUUUAAAAUAUUAUUUUUUGUUAUUAUUUACUUUUAAGGGCGCAGACAUAACACAUUAGGUAUCACUAAAAAUCCGUACUAUUACUACAUAUUUUUUUUAUUAAUACAUAGUAUAAAGGCAAGUGGAACGAAUUCUAUGACUGUUAGUUUAUAACGUAGAGUCGAGCAAGUUCGCAAACAUGGUCGUGAUAACGUAGCUCUGUCGUCUGUCAGUAACUUAAUAUUAUUAUAAGAGUAACAUUUUAUACUUUGAUACUGGAAAUUACUUACCAGAUUAGCAUUUUUUCCAACUUUCCAAAUACAUACAAAAUAUGUGAGAGUGAAGGUUUGGCUCGGCGAGAUGAUGCGAUGUAAUAAGAUUAAACGUAAGUUGUACCAAAUAGAUAUUAAUUAUUUUUGUAUAUACAGAAUGAAUCAAUCGACAGUGUUAAAAUGAAAUCUUCUCACAUUGUUUUCAAUUUUUAUUCAUGUACCAAUCAUGACUGAUUUUUUUAUUUUUAACUAUAUGGGUCAAUUUGUAAUACUUAUCUCAAACUUACUGAAUAUGACUUGUUACAUUUUGGAAAUGAGAUAUUGAUUUAUUAUCAAAAAAGUUCUCAUUUGAGACUACUGCUUAAGCAGAAGCGAGAACAAAAUCCAGUGUCAACAAAAAUGAAAGGAUCAAGAGUAUAAAUUUGUCCCGAAAAAUCUUCUUAUUCCCCUUCAAACAGAUUGGGUGGAGGAUACGUCGGGUAUAAAUACCCACACCAAACUAAACGAAGACUAGUCAGUCUUCAAGUCGACUUUUAUACAUAUUUAAUUUGUAACCAAAAUUUACUAACGAUGCGGGACUCGAACCCGCGACCUCUCGCUUUACGUGCGAGCGCUCUUCUACUGAGCCAACCGUUCGAGUGACGCAUUGAUCGUAAAUCUUGGUAUGUCUAUUUCAACUCUCCGAUUCCUCCAGCUUGAAGUAUUUUGAAUUACCAAAUGCCUCGCUUCUAAUGUAUAAAAAAAUUAUUUCUUUACUCCAAUUUCUAGAUAUUGUGUUAUGAUGAGAGCAGACCUUACGAUCUUUGUUUUAGCCCCUUUAAAAAACCCUAUAAGGCUUUAGCCUUAAAGGUUAUUUUUGUAAUUUUGUAGGUUUAAAAGUAUUUGUAAUGUCGCGUUACCAAUGCUUCUAAAUAAUACAAGGUAAUUAAUUAUGUGUUGUGUUUGAAUGUAAGUUCUUUUAUUUAUUAUAUUAUGUAAUCAACUAAAACUAAAAUUAUCAAACAUUCCAUUUUGGGAAAAAAAUCUCUUUAGACUGUUUAAAUGCCAUCCAUUUUUUUACAUUGUAAUAAUGUGUUUUUCUAGGCUAUCUAAUUUUAACACUUGACGACUGUGUGAUCUGAUUUAGAUAGUUUUUUAUUUAACUAUUUUUUACGGAAUAUUCUGUGGAUAUUUUUAAAUAGGUUAGGUAAGUUUUAUGAAUCUUACAAUUAGUGUUAAAUAAAUAAGUCGAACCACACUAGCCUUCCCAAAUUGGCGGUGACCCAGGGCACUAGACAUUUCAAAAAAAAAGCUGGGAGAGUUUCUUGCGCCGCUUCUUCUCUCUCAGAGCGCCAUUUUUUCCGAAGCGGUAGUAAUAUCUAGUGUAAUAGAAAUGACUAUAAAGAGAAUUCUAAAGGAAUCUAUUUUGAGAAAAUAAAUGCCUUUUUCAGAUACACCAAAGUCGAAAGUGCCGUACGGCACACUAUUCCCUCACCAAGUUCUGACUCUUAUUGUGUUUAUUAGGUGGUUUAUUUUGCAUGGUCUUAUAGCUUGUUUCAAUAGCUUUCUGAUACAUUCCCUCAGGAACGGAAAAGCCCUUUCCGUUCCAUGGCACAGAGCAUUCCACACAUAGUUGUUGAAACAAAGUAUAUUAAGUAAAAUAUUUUUAUUCACAAUAGGAUUUCAAAUUACUUAAUAAACGUUGAAAUUGCUCUAUUAUCCCAUAAAAAAGUUGAAUAAUCAAUGACGUUCUAUACACAUAGACAUAUCACGUCGUAUAAAAAAAAACGAAACAUGGAACAUGACAAAAAUUACACCAUAGUAAACUUCGACUACUAAUAUAAUAUAUACAUUGCCGGAUUUAUUUUAGAUGUUUAAAAUAUUUUUGGUCAAUAAACAGUAAUGUAAAACAUUUAUUCAGUUCAGAUUUUAUUCGGACAGUGACAGUUGACACGACUAAGCAGAAAAGUGUGCUUACAUUAGCACACUUUCUGUUCCGCUAUCAGACUGCCAAUGAUGUAUGACUUUAUGGAUAAAACCAAAUACCAACAGAUAAAAUUUAAAAAAAAAAUAAGUUUGAUAAACAAAUAAAUAAUUAUUAUUAAAUUUAAUAUUGUUUUGUGAAAGAUUCUAACCAAGAGACCUAUCAAUUUCAAAGCCCCAACCCGAAACGGCUAUCCAAAUUAAACCUGUGAGCAAUUGAUGUUUUUGGCAGCUAUGUGCCAACAUUUUUGUGAUUUUAUUUUAUAAAUUUAAUUAACAUUUAUUUUUACAACAAUAUUAUAAAUAAAUAGAUGAUUUUUGAUCAAUUUUUAUCUAUAAGAUGACAUCAAAUCUACUUUUACUAUGACAUUUAUGUUACAUUUUUCUCUUUGGAGUUUGUGUGAAUUGAUAAUAGAUUUCAAACACAAUAUUGAAUAAUCUUCUUAGUAAUAUAAAAUAUUUAAAUGAUAUUUGUACAUGGUCAAUUAAAUCAAGGUCAAAUAUUUAAAUCACUGAUAAACUCAUUGGCCUAUACUUACCAAUGUUAAAAUGAACUCGUUGGUGACAUCAUUGGUGCACUUAAAAGUCACGUGCUCGGCCGAGCGGUCGAAUUCAAUGACCUGUGUUGGAUAUAAAUUUGUCUUAUAACACAUUUCUCCCGAUUAUUUUCAUAUAAACCGAAACCAUUUUUUUAUAUUAUUUCAAUGACUUAUAUUAUUAUAUAACAAAUCUAUAUAUUAAUACUUUUUUUAAAUUGCGCGAACUGAUGAAUGUUAACUUUAAUAAUGUUCUUUUUUUAAUAAUAAUGAUGCCUUAUAAAUACAUUAAAUUAAUUAAAUUAAAUAUUAAACACACUAUUGCUGGAAUGACACACAUGCUUAUAAAGGUAUAAGUUGUUGACAAAAAUAAACCCUUACGAAGUUCAAGGUAAAAUAAUUAUGAAUGAUGGCCCAAUUACGAAUUACCUUUGAGCGAAUACUAGUACUUUUAAUUGGCUCUAAUAAAAAAAAAUCUUAAUCUCAAGAUUCAGCUCAACCACUCGAAAGAGUUUUAAAUGAAAACUCAAGUGAAUUGCGCAAAUAUUAUAGUAACCAAAAUUAAUGAACGAUGCGGUACUCGAAUCCGGGACCUCUCGGGUUCCGUCGGAGCGCUCUUACCAACUGAGCCAACAGUUCGAGUGAUGCAUGGAUCGUAAAUCUUGGUAGGUCUUGUUCAACUCUCAGGCUGUGGCUCCAUCUAUAGGAUCUACUUUACAGUUGAUAACCUCCUUAACUCAAACCCAGAAGUUUGGGAUAUCAACCUAAAAAACAAAUGAUCAUAUCAUGUCAUUUUAAUCGGGUCCUGAGUAACAGUUUCUGUGCACUGAUGGCAUGUGUCUCUACAGUUUAGUGAUUUUAUAUGUAACUUAGUGUAGUUUUUACGAGUAUACUUUUGUGUGGUUUAAAAUAAAUGAUUUAUACAA